AGGGUGAUAGGCCUGUGAGUGUGUGUAGACCAUCGUCCAUGGAAGCUUUUUAUUUUAAAAACUAAUACGGUUAAGGCCUGGCUCAUGAAUAUUAACGCAGCACCUGACUGGCCGCUUACCAGGCGACGUCAUUGUGUUCUAAUUAAUAUUCAAGUGGCACGCCUUCGCCAUAGUAGAAUGUGAAAUUUCUCUCCGCUCCUGGCACAAGUAGACCAGUCCGUGUUUUUGCAAAGCCUCUCUCAAUCCAACCUCAGCCUCAAAGCCCCGAAAGAACCAAGCAGCCUACCAAAAAGCAUCCAGGACCAGAGGAGGAGCAGAGAUUUUCACUGAGAAACCUCCAUCCCUGUGUGAUCUCCUCUAACGGGAGAGCUGAAGUGAUGGCGGGUUGCGCGGAGGAUUCGUGGAUUUUUGCUUGACAGGGACCAGAAUCUUCUGUUGGAUUAGUUGAAUUAUUCAUUUAUGGGGGAUUUGCAUUUACCUACUGAAAAAUGCCUUUUGCCAAACGGAUCGUUGAGCCCCAGCUGCUGUGCAGACAUCCCAUCCCUAAUGAUGAAGGGUUACUGUUCGAGGAUCUGUGCUCCAUCACCAAUGUGGCUCUAUCCCGGACCCUGCGGCAGCUCUCCGACCUGUCCAAACACGCCUGCUCCUUAUUUCAGGAGCUUGAGAACGAAAUAGUCUCCACAAACCAACGGGUUUGGGCUUUGCAGAACAAAAUAGGCAAAAUUCAGCAAACCGCCAGUGCGCUGGAUCCAAAACUGGAGGCUGUGCCGGUAUCAAAUCUGGAUGUUGAGAGUAAACUGACAUCCCACUAUCAGGCUUCAUGGCAUCAGCAACACAAUCUGUUCCACACUUGUACACGGCCACCAUGUCUGGAGGAGUUACACCGACAUGCCAAGCUCAACCUGCGGGCGCUGCACAGAGACCAGCAGCAGCGUCAGCGUUCAACCAGCAGAGAGCGUGGUCGGGUCACCAUAUCAAUAUCUGUGGCCCCACCCAUGCCAACCUUCCCUUCAACUCACAAACUCAGAAGGCGGGAGCAGAGGGGGCGACACUCACGCCUGGAGAGGAGCAUUAGAGAGAGUGAUGUGCAGACUAUCCAGAGGAAGGAGAGACCAGCCAAGGAGGCUGAAUUCAAACCCGUCCUCAGAAAGUAUCAGCGCUCCCGUUCCUCCUCCCCUGUUCAGUGUUGUUACUUCAUUCCUUGGAUGAGAAAGGCUGGUACCAACACAGAAACAGAUGGAGAAUUGCCAGUGAUGAGCCAUAGGCCUAAAUGUCCUGUUCCCAAUAUACCUACCACCCUGGACAAACAGACCAACUGGUCCAAAGCCCUGCCUCUUCCCACGCCAGAAGAGAGAAUAAAGAAUGACUCUCAAGUGAUUUCAUCCUGUAUCAUUCCAAUAAAUGUUUCUGGUGUUGGAUUUGACAGAGAAGCUAGUGCUCGCUGCUCUCUUGUUCAUUCACAGUCGGUUCUACAGAGACGACGGAAACUCAGGAGGCGAAAAACGAUCACUGGAAUCCCCAAACGGGUUCAACAAGACAUGGAUUCUGAUGAAUCACCUGUGGCUAGAGAGAGAACAGUUAUCAUCCAUGCCAACCCACACAAGUCACUGUGGCAUGAGGAGCUCUCCCUGAGUGGCCGAGUAUUGCACACCAAGGACUCUGGCUGUCAGACAGAUGACUUCCUGAUUGCUGCUCCAUCCCGGAGGCGUAUCCGUGCCCAAAGGGGUCAGGGAAUUCCAGCUUCUCUCUCACACUCCACUGGAAACAUCACCUCUCUGCCGGAUCGCUCUGAUACUGUGUAUGCUGCAGCGACAGCCACUCGUGUUCGUUCAAGAAGUCUACCACGAGAGGGUGGCCGACUUCUGGAUGAGGACCAAGAUGACAGUGAUGAUGAUGAUGAUGAUGAUGAAGAUGAUGAAGAGGAAGAUGAGGAGCUCUCUCCAUAUGAAGCUGAGGACUUCCUACCAGGUCCAGGACAGAGAAUUCCAAAGGAUGAGGAAGAGAGUACUGAUGACCAAGCCAUGCCAGAGCUACAGUUUGGAAGCCUCAAACGUAUGCAGCAUUCAGAGAGCCCUGACCACGCCUGGAUCGAGAGAGGCAGAUCCAGGCUCCCACGCAAAGUUGACAUGGGAAGCUGUGAGAUUUCAUCCAGCUCAGAUACUUUCAGCAGCCCCAUCCACUCUGCCUCUACUACAGGAGUGCUUGGCAGCCAGAUCGACCAUAAAGAGGAUCACCAGUCCUCAAGUGGCAACUGGAGCGGAAGCAGCUCCACUUGCCCAUCGCAGACGUCUGAGACUCUUCCGCCUGCUGCCUCCCCUCCCCUGACUGGAUCCUCGCACUGUGAUUCAGAACUUUCCCUCAAUACUGGGUCCCAUGUCAUUGAUGAUACCACUGGCUUCAUAAUUGAUCCCUACCACAUGGAAAAGCCACAAGGACAGGGGCAACGAUCCAAUUCUUUUACCUCAUCGGCUACUGAUCAGAUGGAUGAUGCUGGGGUCAGCACUGCUAGUGAUGGUGAGUGGAACUGUGCCCAGGACCAGCAGGAUCAGCCCUGCCCCCAAGACUUCAGCCCAAAGCAUUCCAGAGAGGAUGAGAGUGGCGUUAGCUGCCCCAGUUAUUCGAGUGGGGAAACUUAUGAGAGCUUCGGUGACCAGGCAUCCACUAGAAAAUCUGAGAUGCACUACAUCGUUGACACUGAAGGAUUCUAUUCCUCCAUGCACUUUGACUGUGGUCUUAAGGGUAGCAGAAGCUACUACAACUAUGCAGCCAUUGACCCAGACUGUGGCCCAAGUGGGAAUAUAGCACCUGGCAUGGGUGAAUACCCUCAGUCAGAGUACAGAGCCACCAGGACACUGGGCAGACCGUGUCUCUCCUUAAGAAAACCAAAGGCCAAGCCACCCCCACCAAAACGUAGCUCUUCAUUAAAGGAAACAAGCAGUGGUGUGAAUGUUCUAGAGCCGAGCGAACCAAAGAUUACGUGCGAGUUGCCGCUGCCCUUGUCUUCCAGGGAGAUGAAACUGCAGCUUGACUUGGCUGGUUCUGCAGGGCACCUUGAGACUGCAGGUCUUGAGUCACUUGGCGCAUGGGGAGUGGAGAAUGUCAGGGACAUUCUUGACUGCUCCUCUCCAUUCAGUUCCUCAGACACACAUUCCUUUAAGGAUGAAGGUGCUGUGCAAGCAGACUAUGCAGACCUCUGGCUCCACAAUGACUUGAAAUCAAAUGACCCUUACCGGUCUCUGUCCAACUCUAGUGCUGCUACGGGUACAACUGUUAUUGAAUGCAUCAAGUCAUCAGAAAGUACAGAAUUGCAAGCCUGUCAACCCAGGUCCAGACCUGCUUCUCCAACUCUUCCUCCACCUGAAGGUUACUUCAAGCUGGCUUCCCCUGAAAAGCUGGCAGGCUUAGCAUCCCCUUCCAGUGGAUAUUCCAGUCAGUCUGAAACACCUACAUCUUCCUUCCCUUCCGCCUUCUUCCCAGGGCCUCUGUCUCCAACCAGUGGCAAGAGGAAACCCAAAGUCCCUGAAAGGAAGUCCUCACUUUGUUCCCUACAACAGCCACAGCUUUUAGUCAGAGACCCAGGCAUUUCCUCCAGGAGGGAAACUGACUUCCAUGCCAUACCCCCCAGUCACCUCGACCUAAGUGCUCUUCACAGUAAGCACUUUGCUCACAGAAAUCAGAUGCACAUCCUCCACCAGAAUAAGCAGAAAGCUGCCAUAGCUGCGGCUGCUGCUGCAGAAGCUCGCACUGCAGCUGUCGCUGCUGCCGCUGCUGCAGAGGCUCGCAUUGCAGCUGCAGCUUCCUCUUCAGAGUCUGCAACAAGCACAGCACCCAGCUCAGCCCAUUUGGCUAUCACUCCAACUGUUCUUAGAUCAGUGCAACUGCGAUCUAUUUGUAGACCAUCUGAGGGGAACCAAGGUUAUGCUCUGGCCAGUGCAAAUCCAGUGGCUCGCCCUAAGUGCCCCACAGUAAUAACUGACGCCCCGUCCUCUAGCAACAGGCACAACAGAAAACCACCAGCCUACAAACCCCCUUCGGCACAGUUCUGUGAAUCGCAAUUUCCACUGGUGGAAAACGUUGUUCUUCCCCAGGAGGAAGUGAGAGUGAAACAGGAGAGGCUUGGUCCUGGUACUUACUGGGCAAUGACUGCUUUCAGAACUCCUGUAGAUCCUACUCCUGAAAAAGAAGACUCUUCAACAAGGUCAUGUCAAAGUACUGAGCAAGAACAAGACUGCAGAAGGAACCCAGAUGUGCAACUGACCAUGUCACCAGAGAGACUAAAACAAGAUAUAAAUCACCUGUCGCGGCCAGACCCUUCAGCACAGCCCGUGUGUUUGGCCAGUACAAUGCCGCCUCCGGCUUAUAGUGAAAUACAGAGAAGCAAUUUUGUACUGUGCAACAGUCCUGACAAAGUGCCUGUUUCAACUCAAGAGGCAUCGCACAUUUACACAAUCGGCGAUGUACAAGGCAGAGAGGAGGAUUAUGAGACAUCAGGUGUCGCAACCAGAAGUGCCUCACAGGACAUGAGGGAAGAAGAGUCGACCCCGGACACAGAGGACUACUUCAGCAAGGAAUCAACUCCUAGUGACAAUUCAUCCUCUCCUUUGACUGAUGACUCUAAACCUGAUGAUGAAAAUGCUUUUCCAUCCCCCAACAAACUACGCACAACUGAAGAUCUGUUUGCUAUGAUACACAGAUCUAAAAGGAAAGUGCUGGGACGUAAAGACUCGGGGGAGAUGAGUGGAAAAAGUCGGCCUGGUGUAGCACCUGCAACCAUCCCUGUCAGCAAUCCUACUGUAUGCCCUGUCACCCCUGCUUCCUCAGUCCCUUCAAACAACUCCCAGCGAGCCUCAGGACCCAUCUACAGGAGUGCCAAAAAGUCCAGUACAUCCAGUGAGGAAUUUAAACUCCUGCUGCUAAAGAAGGGUAGUCGCUCAGACUCGAGUUACCGCAUGUCUGCUACAGAGAUCCUUAAGAGCCCCAUCACACCCAAGACUCAAGGAGAGCUGCUAUUAGAGGCUGCAAGGCAAACAGAGGAGCCCCCCAUACCCCAACAGGAUUCCACUAGCAAUGAUGAUCCAAUUCCGAGCUCAUUCCCUAAGGCCAACAGUGAGGGAUUCUCCCCAAAAACACUUACCAUGUCAGCUGCCUCCAGACAGGGACGUUCUAGGAUUCCACCUGCUGCAAACAGCAGUCGCUAUAGCACGCGGAGUCGGCUGUACACUGCCCCGAUGCAGGCCAUAUCAGAAGGAGAGACUGAAAACUCAGAUGGAAGUCCACAUGAUGACCGCUCCUCUUAGUGGUAUAAUAAUUUUUUAACCACUUAGCGAAAUGAUAAAUCUUUUAUAAUAUGAAAAUAUUCUGUUUGAACUGUGUGAGAGUGCUGUAUACAUAUUAUGAUUUACCUUAGUGUUCUCCCCUGAAGUUUGUGGUUUGAAAAAAAAAAAACAUUGGUUUCUUUAAGCUCCUUUUGUACACUAUAAGUCAACUAAAAACUUGGAAGACGUACAUGAAUUUUUGCAUUACCCAAUAAUCGAGGAAUCAUAAUCCCACACUUUUAUGCUCACAAAAUAAGGUGUAAUCAGUUGUCAUUCCUUAACAAGAUAUUGAAAAGGUAACUUGUUUCUUUUUUAAUAUGACAAAAAAACAAUUCUGUUUCCACCAUCCAUCACAAAUAUACAUGAAGCUUUUCUGAGGACAAUCAUCGCACCAUGGCCUUUCUUAGCAGGGUGUCUAAGUGUGCAAGGGGAAAGACUACUGAGACAAAAAGCCAGAAAUGUCAUGAACGUAAUUCUAAAAGUGGACUGGUAUGCAAAACCAUUUAUUCUUUUGCACUUAAUUGGUUAAUUAUACCUUGAAAUAUACAACCUGGAUGUACUGUUAAAAAACAAGGUGAUCUGAAAAAAGUAAUCCAGUUUUAGUUUUUCGUUUAGAGUAAUGGAACGUCUGUGGUGUGUGUCUGUGUCUUUUCAUGCUGUUUGAAUCUCAAACUCUCAAACAGUAUUCCAACAACUGUUAUGAAAAAAAAAGUAACCCUUUUUAUGUUUAGUUUACCAUUUCUUCAAAGACCCAAAUUGGGUUGUGCAUUUUUGUCACAUUUUUCAGGUGUCAUCGUGUAUAUUUACUUAAAAACCCAACAUGGAAAAUAUGUGUGACUGCAGAAGAAAUGAGGACUUCAGAGAGAAAUUUACUUCAAUCUCAAUGUAUUCUGUGAAUACCCUUAAAAUCAAGCAUACUGUACAUUUGAAGAAGAAUGGAUUCGCUUUUAAAGUGAAACUCUUCAGAGUUGGAAGUCUUCUCAGAGUUCAAAACUCAUAGGAAUUAGCUAAUUUGUCAAGCCUACACUGUGCCACUGAAGGGAAGGUGACAAGCUGUGAAAAGAUCGAUUUUUGGUCGUCCAUCUGAUUAACGCUCUUUCACUGUGGUCGUAAUUCAGUUUCUUCAUCCUCUGUACAGCAUGCAAUAAAACACUAGAACAUGUCACAUCUCCACUUAAAAUGUAUUUCCACCUUCACUUGAAUUUGUUGAGUAUGUGCUAUGUUCAGUAAAUGUACAAAAUGUAUAAGAUUUGUUUGAAAUUUGUAGUUUUACAUCACUGUAUACACAGUUUGAGCUUUUUUCCAUUUAGUGGAGGAACCGGACAAUCUAAUCUAAUGAAGCACUAUUCGUGUACAGCUGAGUUUUGAAAGAACGGAUUGAGGCGCGAGGGGCCAUUUUGUUUAAAUGAUGAUAGAAUUAUAUUUAGGGAUUAAUGUAAUGCGAGAACUGAUAUCUCAAUCUCUGGGAUAUAUAGAUGAAAUAACUGCAAAGAGGCAGCAGUUUAAAAUUCAUUGCUCAUAUCUGUAUAUACAUGGAUGAUUGACUUAAACAUAAAAUUUCAGCCUUUUUUCUGAACUGUUGUUGGUUUGUCAUGUACUGUCAUGUCCAAGAGGUUUGAGAAUUGAAUUCUUUUUAUUGUUUUAUACCGGUAGAGGAACCUUCCAGGAUAUUCUGAGACACUAACAGAACUGAUGUUUUCUCUUAAAUAGGAGCUGCAAUGUGCCACGUCUUAUUUCUCCUUUAAUACAACCCUGUCUGAUGGUUGUUGCAAUUAGCAUUGCUUUAUAACUACAGACUUUUGGAAGUACAGACUACUUUUUUUUCCCUUAUGUCCAUAUACUAGAACUAAAUCUAUAAAAUCUUCUUUUAGAUUGCAACAUUUAAUAGAAAAAAAAAGUAUUUUUAAUUAUGGGAUAUUUUAUCCAGAGAAUUAUUUUGUUAAUGAAUUUGGAAAAGAAUAAUGAUAAAGCUUUAUUUAAAUAAAAUAAGAAAAAAUGUUUCAUAUCAGGGGUGUAUCAGCCAAUGAUGAAGAUAGCGAACUUGUAAACAUUUCUAAUUAGCUGUAAACUUGCAUCUGAACAAAUAAGCUAUUCUAUAUGUUAUACAACUGUAGUUAAAUGUUUUGGUGCUUUGAAUUCUAUACCCAGGCCAUAUUCUGUCAUUGUUGCCAUAUGGUGGGGAAAAAAUGUCAUUGACUUCAUCGGUUUCCUUUUCAUACUUUUCUCUCUGUACUUGUGAUGCAAAAGCAGUCAUGAAAACAACACUCGUGACAACAACAUUUAGAUAUGUAGCAAUGAAUAUGUCUUUUGUUUUUAUUUUAUUUUUCAUACAACAGUAGCCACUUUUGAGGUAUCAACCCAGUUACCUGUAGUGAAGCUAACCAGUCAGUUUAGGCCUUAUUUGCAAAAUAUUAAAGAAAAAAUGAAGGGAAAUCACAAAGUGUGUUAUCUGUAUCAUUGUUUUACCUCAACACAGUUUUGGACUGUUUUAAACAGGUACAAGGUACUACACAAAAAAUCAUAUCAAUAAAGAACGAACGAAAGAAAACAAAAGACACUACACAAGAGUUAUUUUAUUGUUUUCUUUGUUGUAACUGAAAUAUAAUCCAUCUUGGACUGUUUCUUUGUUUUCUUUUUCUUUUUUUAGACACAUUUUUGCUGAAUUACAUUAAUGGAGAAGCACAGUCUGUUUUGCCAAAUGGUUUUAAAUGUGUUUUGGUGUGAAAUUAUUGCAAAUUAUAAUAAAUUAAUUGAUGAAUUAAUAAAAAAAAAGAGGGUUAAAAUGAUAAUGUCCAUGUCAAGCUGCAUCUCAUUCAGUUACAAUAAUCAGGAAACAAAUCUCAAUCUGCAUAUCGCUUCAAGAGAUUUGAAUCCAUUUUGUAUUUUUGUAUAAACAUGUACAUAUGAUCCUUUAUAAAGUUAAAAAAGAGAAGACACAAAUGUUUCAUUUUGUAACAUGUUUUAAAGGUUUACAUUAAUUCCAAGCCUUUGUAUAUUUUUUGAGCUGUGCGACUCUCUCAGUCCUGUAUUUAUUUUUUAGUAAACAUUGUGAAAAUUCCAUUGUAAAUUUGAACCAUUUCUUGCCGGCUCAAGUGACUGCUUAGUAACUGUGCAUAGAGAAAGCCAAUAAAUGUGACUGCAUUGAA